CGCUGCUGGUAGCAGACGCACACCAUGUUGGGAAGUGUUCUGUAUUAUGCGUUGUAUCCAUUAAGUCGCGUUAUCAUCAGUGUUUCAGGUAAAGUGUAAUAGGCAAUGGCGUGAAAAGACAAAUGUUUUGACUUUUGUAUUCAUUGAUGCAUUACUCGCAUCAUUGUCAUCUCAAAUAGUAGAAAGCUACUCGAUGUAUGAACAAGGGAACCUGCUACAUUAACAUUAGCUUGUUUGCUUGAGGUUAAACCAGAUUUCACUCGACAUUAAGGCAGAAAAACAAAACUUUGCUGGCAAUCACUUCUGGUGUUGUAUCAUUUCUCUAUAUAAGUAAUGGUACAAUGAAAAUAAACACAGAUCCAUUAAAAGUCAGCGCUGAUGUUAGAUAUCUAGGAAGGCAGUUAGUUGGUUAGCGGAGCCACCGUCCUGGCUAGCUUUGUGAGGCGUCAUCUACUGCGCAAUGCACGUGGAGUUGUUUUGAAAGAAGCUUUGGUAAGGAGAGCCUCCUCUGUGCUCAUGAAUGGAAAAGAUGGAUGCGAUACGGGAGGAGCACCUCCACAGAGCUUGACCAAAUGUCAAUCUGCUCUGCUGGAUGAGUGGCUAGAUCAAAGCAGAAACUCUGAGAAAACAGUAGGAAAUGGUGAAAGUAAAGGUGUUGAGGAGAUGGAGGAAGAGAGACAGAACAAGAAAGCAACUCCACUGAGUAGUGGAUGCAUCACUUGUCCCACAGAUGAAGACACUUUUAGGGAGAGAAAGACAGAGAGGAUUGGGCCAGAGGAAGAAGCCAAAGCUCAGGAAGCUGUAGUUCCACCAAUUUAUAGGACUAGCGAAAGCCACAUAGUGAGCUGCCAGAUGGCUGUGGGGAAUACUUCUCAGGAGGAAAUAGGAAGAAAGAGAAAUUAUUGGGAAAUGGCACUGCUAGUUGCUCAGGGAGGGGAGUCUGUCUCAACUAAUGAAAAUCAAGACUCUGGUGUGGAGGUUUUUAUUGCGCUGGCAGAGUUAGGAACACAUCCUCAUUCUUGCUCUAGUAAUCCCCAGGAACCUCCCAUUAUGGACUGCCCAGUCUGGGACCUGAGAGCCCUCCUUGCCGAAAACCAGACAUGGGACAGUCAGACUCAGUCUAACACUGAGGCCCAGCCAGAGCUCCAUAGGUGGCACUUCCCAGUAGGGCAUGGGUUGGCAGACAUGGUGCACCGCCCUUAUUGGCAGUUCCCAGCUAUGAGCUACUAUCCAGCUCUACAGGAGAGCACAGAGUUUAAAGUAAUGUGGCGAGUGUGGGAAGAUCUGGAUGGCACCCAAGCCGAACCAUCUGUACCUCCAACAACAGGCCAAGGCCCCGAGUCUGUGUUUGAGUUCACCGUCAUGUCCUACAAUAUCUUGGCUCAAUACCUACUGGAGGGCCAUCCUGAGCUCUACAUACACUGUUCAGACAAGGUACUGGUCUGGAGCACCCGUCUCAAGGGGAUCAUCCAAGAGAUUAAAACCUGGCGGCCAGAUAUUCUGUGUUUGCAAGAGGCCCAGGAAAUCCAUUUCCAGAAACAGCUACAACCUGUCCUCAGUGACUUGGGGUACACCUGUGUCUACAAGCGGCGAACAGGAUCCAAGACCGAUGGAUGUGCAGUGUGCUACCAGCACAGCCGUUUCUUCCAGCUCUCUGUGAGUCUGCUGGAGCUUCGCCGGGAAGGAUGUGAGCUGCUGGACCGCGACAACGUGGCUAUUGUUUUAUUGCUUCAGCCAGUCACCUCUCAAUCCCCGGAUCAGACGGGAACACCCAUUUGUGUGGCCACUACCCACCUGCUCUUCAACCCCAGGAGAGGUGAUAUAAAGCUGGCCCAGCUGGUGAUGGUGCUUGCAGAAGUAGACAAUGUUGUGAGGCGGUGUAAGGCCAUUGGGCGAGAAUGUGAGGUGGUUCUGUGUGGAGACUUCAAUUCCUUCCCCAAUAUGCCACUCUACCAGUUCAUCAAAACAGGCCAGCUCUACUACCAUGGCCUUCCCACUUGGAUGAUAUCAGGACAAGAGGACCUGUCACACCAAACUCAUCCCAGAAGAGUCUAUGCUCCACUUUUGCCUAGCAGCCUCGGCAUCAACGACAACUGCCAGUAUGUAACUGCCAAACAGACUGAGUCGCCACCAUCAGGAAAAUUAAAGUACAGUCAAGGUUUCCUACUCCAACUACGGUACUGCCCGGGAGCUUGUGAGCGGCCUAGAGACCUGGCCCUUAUACCUGGUGUCACAGACAACACUCCUGACCAACAUGAAAAGCAGCCGUGUACUCCAACGUUCAGCAACACGGUCUGCCACUGCCUGAACUUGAGUUCAGCCUACAGUCACUUCAUCACAGGCACAGACAGGCAGGAGGUGACUACGCUGCACUCUAACGCUGGAGCAACAGUCGACUACAUCUUCUACUCUGCAAGAACUGAACGCAUCAGAGGCCAAACAGACAAAAGACUCCAUGGAGGUCUGGAGCAGAUUGGAAGAUUGGCUCUCCUGACAGAGGAUGACUUAUGGUCUUUAAGAGGUCUCCCCAAUGAGGUUUUCCCUUCAGACCAUCUUAGCCUACUGGCCAAAUUUAAACUACGCAUCAGCCCUCUUUGAUGGCACAGAGAGAAAGGUUGCAAGGUGACUGUGAUGGACCAUCUGCACAGGAAAUAAAUGGAUGACCUCAAUGGACGACGGUUAUGGCAUACGUCAUGGCAUUAUGAUGGUUUUCUGCAUAUUUUCAGUUCAUGUCAGAUCUGGAGAAACAUCAUGUUAAAAUCACAUCACAUUCUGUUCAUGUUUGUGUUCAAGAUGCAUUCAAUAAUUUAUGUAAUUUCAGCGGGGGUUAUUUUUCAUACAGUUGGAUGUUUUUUUUGUUGUUGUUUUUUAAUCCAGUUUUACCUUUACAGUUGAGUCUUAAAACCUUCAGAAUUUUAUAUCUGCAAAGGUUAUUUGGAAUAUAGCUUGAGGAAAUGUUGAAUUGACUCAUUUAUUUGGCUAAUACAUAAGAACAAUGGAGCAGAGUAAGGAAUCCUGUUGUAGUUCUCCUGUUGGAAGAUUUUAAACUCUGCUACACCAAGGCAUUUUUUUUUUACACAACAAUAGCAAACUGAAUUAUGUGAUGUGAACCUCACAGAAACAAUUUUCUACUCAAGUCAUUUUCUGAUUUCUGAGCCACCCUGAUGUUUUCUGGUUAAGGGAUUAUUUUUUUUAUCCAUGAAAAAUGUCAGCUUUACAUUUAGUUAAUAAACAUGUAAUUUUCCAAGAAA